AUGUCGUUUACAGUUUGGGCGUCUUAUUCAUCAUUUGUCAUCAAUCCGGCCAUUCUUCCGGAAAAUUCUGAUUCUCCAGCUAAUUGGAACCAAAUAGACGGUUUGAACGCCACAUCGGUGAAAUCCGACUAUUACUCCGAUAGCGUUCCUCAUGAACCGAAGAGAGAGAAGGAGACACACCUUCACUUCUUCAUUCAUGACAUAAUCACAGGCAAAAACCCAACUGCACUCAAGGUUGCCCAAGCCAAUCUCACAGGUAUCGACACCAACCCAACAGGGCCAACACCCUUUGGCUCCACUUUUGUCGUCGACGAUCCACUCACCACCGGCCCCGAUCCGACGUCGGAGGUCAUCGGAAAUGCUCAGGGUGCCUACGUAUCAUCCAGUCAGGGCAAAGACGUAGUUCUGGUACUGUACCUUGAUUUUGGCUUCACGACCGGCAAAUUUAAUGGAAGCUCCAUCAGCGUUUUUUCGAGGAAUCCGAUAACGGAGCCGGAAAGGGAGCUUGCAGUUGUAGGAGGGAGAGGGAAGUUUAGGAUGGCAAGAGGGUUUGCUAAGCUUAAGACUUAUUCUGUUAACCCUACUCUUGGCAACGCUGUGGUUGAGUAUCAUGUCACCGUACUUCAUUACUGA